CGAUCGUGGAUCCUCCCGAGGCUCGGAGAAUAGAAAGACGUAUGAGACGGAGCGACCCUACAGCAGGCGCGACUUCACCCCGCCGCGUGGAACGAGAGGUGGCGGCGGUGCAGGAGGGAGUGGGGAGUACUCGCGUCCGCCGCUUCCACCGCUGCGUGUGGACAGCGCACUAGUCCCAAGUCUCCCGCCGCCACUGCCGUCGCUGCCGCCCCAGCUGCAGCCUUCGUGUCCCCCGCCUCUCUGCGGGCAGGAAGCGCAGCUGGCGGCCAACGACGGCGUGGCGGCUGCCGUCGCCAAACCCCCGCUCCCGCAGCUGUUGCUGGAGGAGAGUGUGCGGGAAAAUGGCGAAGCGGCCGAGGCGGAGCUUGAGGAUGCGACAAGGGUGGCGGUUCGUCCGCCUCCGAGUCGCAAAAACGGUGCGGCGACCCCUGUGCUGCCGCAGCACCUUAUCAGUCAAAACCCCGGCGCGAUGCUGUUCUGCCGCCGCUGCCGCCUCUUCCUCGCUCCCCACCCUGUUAGCGUGGCGAACCACCUGCAGAGUGAGGGGCACCAGAACAGCGCGGAGGCGCCCCCCGCGCCGGGAGCAACCUACACGCAAUUUGGCAAGCUGGUGCAGCGCAUGCCCUCCUUCAUUGAGCCUGUGACGGUGGUCUCAGAGGAGCAGCGGCAAAAAGUGGCGGCGGCGGGGAACACGUUUUUCGAGGGUGGCUUUGACAUUGUGAACUCCACCUGCGGCAUUUGCCAGGAAGUCGUCACCACGCAAAGCUACAAGGUGCACGAGUCGCUUCCAACGCAUCGUCGACGGGUGGCAGAGGCCAACGCGGACACCGUGGCGUAG